UUUCAUCUCCUUUCUCCUUUCUCUUUCAUCUGAUGCGCGUUCCUCUUUUUUCUUCUCCAAGCCAAAGCAAAUCCACCGAACAACAUCCACCACCACACCACUGCCGGCGAGCCGCGACCACUCUUCUCCUUCUCCAUCCAUCACCGCCGCACCCCCUCAAUCUUCUGUAUUGAUUCUUUAGUUUAGAGAGCUAUCUCCAUCCAUCUCUCUCCACAAACCCUAAUUGUUGUAACUUGUAAGUGCAUACACAAUUGGCCCUUCUCAUUAGAGAGACCACAAUGUAAUUUACAAACCAGACUAAAAGGAAAACAAAGCGCAUUCAAGGCGCCAAACGACGUCGUUGGUAAAUAAUCUUCUUCUCCCACUGAAGGCGCGAAGCAGAACACUUGUACCUUGGUGUGUUGCAGGAAUCACCAAUUUCUGUGUAAUGGGAAGUAAAGAUGGAGGAGAUCCAUUCAAAGGAGUGGAUUGGAAAGCCGUUGGCGGUGAGAUGCAGCAAAACCCUAAUGUCAAACCAACUAUUGCAAAACGACUCCCCAAGAAAGUUAGGAACAUACCAGACCACUAUUUCCUUCCCAGAUAUCCAUUAUCACACACUUUGUUGUUCUGUGGUGCCUGUAUUGCCGCUGGAGUUGGUGCCGGUAUGCUAGUAGAAACCUGGAUCGACAAGAAAGUUAAAGAGGAUGGUGGGGUGAUAUGGGAGUUUGACAAAUAAACUCUAGAUUUUUUUUCUUCUGGUACGACCAAUGUCACAUGACUGCCUCUCCAGAACUCCAGUCACAGAUUGAUCUCCACUCAAACUUAGCUACAGUUAUUAGCUUAACAAACAAGCGUGAUUUUAUAAGUUGUCAAUUCUUCCUUAGGAUCUGUUUUGCGAAAUAAUUUUUUUAACAUGUAACCCCUAAAGGCAACUAGAUGUGACAUGAUUUGCGGUUUAAAUUUACUCCUAUUUAAUCAUUUAUGACCCUGAUUUUGCUGAUUACGAUUUUUUGUUUUUGUUUUGACAAA